AUGGCUCCUCCUCUAAUUGCUACUCUCACAGUAGCAAUUCUUGCACUUUGCUUCCCCUCAAUAGCCAAUGCAACCUACCAAUAUUCCUCUCCUCCGCCGCCUCCUUACGUUUACAAGUCCCCACCACCCCCGGAGAAGUCUCCACCACCGCCGCCAGUUCACAAAUCUCCACCACCACCAAUCUACAAGUCACCACCACCCCCACCUAAGAAAUCUCCACCACCACCACCGGUCUACAAAUCUCCCCCGCCGCCAGUCUACAAAACCCCACCACCACCACCUAAGAAAUCUCCACCACCACCACCGGUCUACAAAUCUCCCCCACCGCCAGUCUACAAGUCACCACCACCACCACCUAAAAAAUCUCCCCCACCACCUAUCUACAAAUCUCCACCACCGCCAGUCUACAAGUCACCACCACCCCCACAUAAGAAAUCUCCACCACCACCACCGGUCUACAAAUCUCCUCCGCCGCCAGUCUACAAAUCCCCACCACCACCACCUAAGAAAUCUCCACCACCACCACCGGUCCACAAAUCUCCCCCACCGCCAGUCUAUAAGUCACCACCACCCCCGCCUAAGAAAUCUCCACCACCACCACCGGUCUACAAAUCUCCCCCGCCGCCAGUCUACAAAUCCCCACCACCACCACCACCUAAGAAAUCUCUACCGCCGCCAGUCUACAAAUCUCCCCCACCGCCCGUCUACAAGUCACCACCAGUCUACAAAUCUCCACCACCGCCUGUCGUAAAAUCUCCACCGUAUGUCCACAAAUCCCCACCGCCGCCUAAGAAGUCUCCACCACCUCCGCCACCAGUGAAGAAGCCUCCACCACACCCUUACUACUACACCUCUCCUCCUCCUCCUCACCACUACUAA